GGGCCCCUCCCGCCGCUCCGCGCUGAGCCACCGAUCUCUGGGACGAUUCCUGGCACUGCUGUGCUUCGCUUGCUGCGCCUCUCCGCGAUGCUGAAGGCUGCCAUGCGGCUGGUGGCGAGUCCCGGAGCGCUGUCGGCCACCGAGGUGCUGCUGGCGGCCGCGGCGCUGUGCCUGGUGCUGGCGCUGCUGCACCCCCGCCAGCAGCAGCAGCAGCAGCAGCAGCAGCAGCAGCAGCCCGCGCCCUCGGGGCUGCGGAGGCCGCCGGGCCCGCGGGGCUUUCCCGUGCUGGGGAACGUGCUGGAGCUGCGCAAGGACACGCACCUGGCGCUGACGCGGCUGAGCCGGCGCUACGGGGACGUGAUGGAGGUGCGCAUCGGCAGCCGGCCCGUGCUGGUGCUCAGCGGGCUGGACACCAUCCGGCAAGCGCUGGUCAAGCAAGGAGAGGACUUCAUGGGGCGCCCCGACCUCUACAGCUUCCGCUUUGUCACGGACGGGCAGAGCCUUUCGUUCAGCCCCGACUCCGGGGAGGUGUGGAAGGCGCGCAGGAAGCUGGCCCAGAGCGCCCUGAAGAGCUUCUCGGUGGCCCCCAGCCCCAACUCGUCCUGCAGCUGCCUGCUGGAGGAGCACGUGUCGCAGGAGGCCGAGUACCUGGUCAGCAAAUUCCUGCAGGUGAUGGAGCAGGAGAAGCGGUUUGACCUUAACCAGUACCUGGUGGUGUCGGUGGCCAAUGUCAUCUGUGCCAUGUGCUUCGGCAAGCGCUACGAGCACGACGACCAGGAGCUGCUGAGCCUGGUGAACAUGGGCAACGAAUUCGGGGAGGUGGCCGGGGGCGGGCACCCCGCCGACUUCAUCCCCGUGCUGCGGUACCUCCCCAGCCGCACCAUGGAGCUCUUCAAGGACAUCAACCGCCGCUUCAACGCCUUCGUGCAGAAAAUCGUGCAGGAGCACUACAGCAGCUUUGAUAAGGAGCACAUCAGGGACAUCACGGACUCGCUGAUCGGGCACUGCCAGGAGAAGAGCGCCGGGGAGGACGGCCACGUCCAGCUCUCCGACGAGAAGAUCAUCCACAUCGUCAACGACCUCUUUGGGGCAGGCUUUGACACCGUGGCAACCGCCCUGUCCUGGAGCCUCAUGUACGUUGCCUUGUACCCUGAUGUCCAGAGGAAAAUCCAGGAAGAGCUGGACCAGACCAUCGGGCGGGAGCGGCGCCCGCGGCUGUCGGACCGGGGCAAGCUGCCCUACACCGAAGCUUUUAUCCUGGAGAUGUUCAGGCACUCCUCCUUCGUGCCCUUCACCAUCCCACACAGCACGACCAAAGCCACGGUGCUGAAUGGUUACUACAUCCCCAAGGACACCUGCGUGUUCAUCAACCAGUGGCAAGUGAACCACGAUGAGAACCUUUGGAAAGACCCCUCAGCCUUCAGGCCCGAGCGGUUCCUGACGCCCUCGGGGGCAGAAGUGAGCAGGACGGAGGGGGAGAAGGUUCUGUCCUUCGGGCUGGGCCGGCGGCGCUGCCUGGGCGAGGCCAUCGGCCGCUGGGAGAUCUUCCUCUUCCUCACCACGCUGCUGCAGCAGCUGCACUUCAGCCUGAGGCCCGGGGAGCCCGUGGACAUCACCCCCCAGUACGGGCUGACCAUGAAGUACAAGAAGUGUGAGGCUUUCCAGAUCCAGCCGCGUUUUCCCGCGAAAAGCUCCCCCUGAGCCAGCCGGACACUCGGCUUCGGUUUUGUUGUGCUUUGCUGGAGGCUGAAAUCUUAUUUUCCAGCUCCUUGUGCCGCUGGGAAUGGGUGCUUCCCACUGCCUCAGAAAGGCUGAAGCAGCACCCACCUCGAGGGGACCCCUCCUGGGUGCACCCACACACCCAAAUUCCUUGAAUGUAAACCCAUGGAGCGAAUUCCAUGAGUCUUCCUACUGAUUAAAAAAAAAUCAACUCACCAGCAGUGCUGCUCAGAGACUGAGAUUUUUAAAUCAAUCCCCACCACGGAGCCUCCUGGAAAAUCUCAAAGGACUGAGAAAAGGAACAGGGACCCUCCUGGCUUUCAG